CCUGCCCAGCUCCUGACAGGGCACGAGCAUCAUAAAAUCAUAGAAACAUGGAAUGUUGAGGGGUUGGAAUGGACCUUAAAGAUCAGCUUGUCCCAACCCCCCCGCCAUGGGCAGGGUCACCUCCCACUAGGCCAGGUUGCUGAGGUCUUAUCCAAGCUGGCUUUGAGCAUUGCCAGGGUUAUGGUAUCCACAACCUCCCUGUGGUUUCAGUGUCUCACCAUCCUCGAAGUGAAAAAUUUCUUUCAAUUAUCUAACCUCAGCUUCCCCCCUUUCAAUUCGCACCCAUUUCUCCUUGUCCUGUCACCACAUGUGCCGGCUCUGUCCCUGUCUGGCCCCGCCUGAGGCAGCUCCGAGGCGGGGCACCCCCACACCCCGCUGUCCCCUCACGCUCUCCCCUCACGCCUUUGACAGCGCCCGGGGCUCCCGCAGCUCGCUCGUCCCCCGCCCCUGCCCGCCCCGGGGGAGUGUCGGGCGGGCCCCGCUGUGGGCGGGCUGCGGGCACGGCUCUGCCCGCGGGCACGGCUCGGCACGGCCCGGCUGCUGGCCAUGGCUCCGGGRAAGGCGCCGUGCCGGCCGCGCAGCAGCGACUCGGGCGUGGAGCCGGACCGCGGGCCGCUGCCCCGGGACAGGGACCAGCGCRCCGCGCUCUCCCAGAAGAAGAAAGACCAGCGCAUCGCGCUGUUCCUCAGCGACUUCGACCAGCAGGCCAAGGAGCACAUCCAGGAGAUGAAGAAAGAGCUCGACUCGCUCUUGCAGACAGCCGAGAAGGCGUUCGCAGUGGAGCUGCUGAAGAUGCCGGCUGCCGUCAGGAAAAUGAAAAGGAAAGAGUUUCUCGAUUUGCAAGGACGAGAGGAAGUGGCUCUUGCUGCUGCAGCAACUGACUGCUCCCUGGAAGACAUGCCAAAUCCCAAACUGGUGAGGACCAACAGUAAAAAAGUUAAGGUAACUACAAUUGUCGAAUAUGAAGAUGCCAAGCAUAGUUCUACAAAGAAAAUAUCUAAAAAAAUUUCCAAAACCAGGUCAUUGGUUUCAUUGGCCUCUGGUUUAAGUGGCAAACUGAACUCUCUUUCAAGUGCCACAAAUCUCAAAGCCACUCCAAAUGGAGCUAAAAGUGCUGGAUUACAACAGACUGUCUCAMGAACUUUACCUACCAGUAGAAGAGUUCAAGGCAUGUUAAAAAGAAGUAAAUCAGUACCCCAGCAUAAAAGUGUUCCAUUUGUAAAUAUUCCCCUGGCUGAUGGACAGACACUCUGUACAGCUGGUGGAGACCUCCRUAAUAUUGAUGUGCAACUCCUAAAUCAAGAUACAGUACAGCACAUUCAUAACUUGGUGGACAUGGAUCUGUUGGASCAAGUCCAGAUGAAGGACAUGAAGAUGAUCAGAGGCCUGGAACAUCACUCCUGUGAAGACAGGCUGAGAGUUUUCAGCCUUGAGAAGCUCUGGAGAGACCUCGUGGCACUUUCCAGUUGUUAGAGGUAGCUCAUGAGAAGGCUAGAGAAGGACUUUUUACAAGAGCAGGGUGUGACUGGAUAAGGGGCAAUGGCCUUAAAGCAAAGGAGGGUGGAUUUUAGAUUAGRUGUUAGGAAGAAAUUCUUCCCUGUGAGKGUGGUGAGGCCCCAGCACAAGUCACCCAGAGAAGCUGUGGCUGCUCCAUCCUGGAAGUGACCAAGGCCAGGCUGGAUGGGGCUUGGAGCAACCUGAGAUGGUGGAAGGUGUCCCUGCCAUUGGGUGGAACAAGAUGGUUUUCUCAUGCCUUCCUACCUUCUACUUGCAGGGGUGACUUUUAAAAAUCUUUCCAGAUGAAGAUGCCAGUCCAGCAGUCACUUCGCCUCAGAACUUGAGGACAAAGRUAGCUUUUACUCUGACAGUGGCAAUUACAGUUAAAAUGUUUCCACCACAGUAAAGGGUGGUAUGAAAGACUGCUACAAUCUUGAAACGAAAACAUUUGUUUAAGAAGGAAAUUUAGCUUAAUUUUUCCUUCUCUUCUGCUUCCACUCUUUGCUUAAAAAACAAAGGUUGGACGUUUCAAAUCAGGAGAAAAAAGUUUUCAGAGUAUGGGUGAUGUGGUAAAGGAAAUAAAAUAUUAUUAAAACUAGAUUAAAACUGUACUCCCACUUARUCACCAGAAAAUACAGGCAGCUUUUUCCUUUCUGCUUCUUGAGCCCAGUACUCAAGAUACAAAAAGUAUCAGUUA